UAAUACGGAGUCUUUGGCAGGUAAUCUAUAGAUAAUGUCCGUGCAAUAUCAAUAAAUAUACUCAUAAUAUAAAAUAAAUAUUUUUUAAACGUUUUAUAUUAUUAUAUACAAAUUGCAAACAACUCGGCAUAUCAAAAGAUAGCUGUUGAAGGUAAAACACCGUUCAGAGAGAUAUUAAUUCAUAAUGCAGACAAAAAGGCAAACCAGUGAGCCGAAAGUAUUCUCCCUAGAUUAUAUGAAAUCGCUCCGCUUCACGCUCGAAACGAUAGGACAAUGGCCCAACCGAUCGCUAGGGGACCUUUCACGGCGUGCAGUAAUGUUGGCCACGUAUCACAAAUUCUUAAUAUGCACAUUUUGUUUUACGGAAAUCCUAGCGUUUUCGUACAUGAUAAAGCACAGAAAAACGAUCCGUUUUAUUGAUAUGGGGCAAAUUUACACGAAUUUGUUUUUAACCGGGCUAUUCCUUCAAAGAGCAUCGCUACCUUUUCAGAAGAACUACAAAAAGUGUGUGAAAAAGUUUGUUUUAGAAUUUCACUUAAUGCACCAUGAGCAUUUAAGUGAAUUUGCAGCGAAGGAAUUACGCAAAGUCAACAAAAUCUGCAAGAUCGCGACCAAAGUCAUUUAUCUCCAGCUCGCCUGCGGAAUGCUGGCGUACAACCUCUCCCCCCUUUUCCGGAACUAUUACGAAGGAAUGUUCACAGGCGAACUCCCCGAAAACAAAUCGUUUGUACACUCCGUCGACUACCUUCUACCUUUUGACGCUUAUCGCAGUUUCAAGGGUUACCUAGUUAUAUUCAUAUGGAAUUGGUUCCCUACAUACAAUAUACCUACUGCUAUGGGUAUUUAUGAUCUGUUGGUGUUCGUAAUGGUUUUCCAUAUGGUCGGGCAUAUGAAUAUACUUCUUAAUAGUUUGAAAGAAUUUCCAAGGCCGCAAGAGGAUGGUUUGCCGACGACACGGGAGUAUAAUGAAGAGAUAUUUGGAUUGUUGAAAAAUGUGAUUCGACAUUAUCAGAUAAUCAAGGAUUUCAUGGGAGAUAUGACUGCAGCAUUUGAUCUGACGUUGUGUUGCUAUCUAGCAUUUCACCAAGUUAUGUGUUGUCUGAUGUUGCUAGAAUGUUCUACAUUGGAGCCGGAGGCCUUGGUAAAAUAUGGGAUGCUUGCCGCGGUCAUAUUCCAGCAAUUAAUUCAGACUUCUGUGGCGUUCGAGUUAAUUAAAUCAAAGAGUAAACGUCUCGGUGAUGAAGUAUAUGCAGUACCAUGGGAAUAUAUGAACGUGAAAAACAGAAGAAUUUUCGUACUAUUCCUUAGGAACGUGCAGUACCCAUUAGGUCUAAAAGCAGGGGGGAUGGUGCCAGUGGGAGUGAUGAGUAUGUCUACGAUCAUAAGGACAUCAAUUUCAUAUUACAUCAUGCUAGCUACAUUCGCAGACUAAUACAAUGAAGAACGAAAACAAUUGUAAUCUUAAGAACGAUUCACGUCUC